AUGUCUGGAGGGAUUAACGACUUCGGCACUCCAGUCUGGCAUCUCACUCUCUGCCUCCUGUUGGCCUGGCUCCUUUGUUUCCUAGUACUAAUCAAGGGCGUGAACUCCCUGGGAAAGGGUGUUAAAUACUACCUGAUGCCGGAUUUUUCGAAACUAAGGGAUGCCACCGCCUGGACCGACGCAGCAACACAAAUCUUCUUCUCUCUCAGCUGCUGCGACGGUGGCCUGAUUGCUCUCUCCAGUUAUAAUAAAUUCCACAACAACUGCUGUCGGGAUGCAAUUCUGGUGGCCUGCAUAAACUGUCUCACCUCCUUCUACGCUGGCUUUGUUGUCUUCGCAACCCUUGGCUUCAUGGCCUUUCAACGGAACGUUGAGAUUGCAGAUGUCACUACUUCAGGUAGACCUCCCUCUUUUCGCUUAUAA